GUUGUCUGUGCGUUGUGUCUAACAGUCUAAGUCUAACGUUGUGGAGCAUAGAAGAGAAAGAGAUGAUAUUGAACUGUGUCAGAGUGACAGCUAUGCCUAUGAUGGCUGUUCCUAGGUGGAGAUCCACCUGCUGCUGCGCUUCUUCUUCGUCUUCAGUUUCAACCAUCAACACAGACCAACUUCGUUCUCAACUUGAUCAACUUCAUGCAGAAGCUGAUGCCACCAGAACCAAGGCAACUAAUGCUAGAUUGAGGCUUCUGCGACUGUCAGAGGCUGCAGAGAAGCUUAAAAAACAAGCAGCUAUAAGCAUUCAAAAGGGGCAGGAAAAUUAUGCAAGGGAAAUGCUUUUUCAGAGGAAGAAAGUGUUGCAGGCUUUAGACAAGUCUAAAAGACGCAUUGAAUUGCUCGAUGAGCUUUCCACCAAGCUAAGUGAGGCAAUAUCUUUGAAAGAAAGUCAGCUAAUUGGAAAUGUUACUGUGAACAUUGAAGACUCAACAGAAGAUGCUUCAAGUCCAGUUCGAAUUAUUUCUCCAAAGGAGGAAGUUCAAAAUGAUGUCACUAAGGAUGACUCAGAUCCUGAUACGAUGGAAUUUAGUGAUAUUCAGGAUGUGCAACUUUCUAUCGAAAGUGAAGGAAGUCCACUGGAUGAUAAGGAGACUCAGAAUCUUCUGGAAUCCCUUAGUAUCAGCACUUCAAAUGAAGACAAUAUAGCCAGAAACUUGUCAGAAAUAUCCUCUUAUGAGGAUUUCAUGGAACAUAUAGAUAAAAAACUCAGUGAAAUUGAAGCCGAACUAGUUACUGUUUUGAAUGUCUCAACCUUGGUACUGGAUAAUGAAGAGAGACCAAAGAAUUCUAGGUUGCAACAAACAAUUGAACUCCUUGAGAGCAUCCAUGGCAUUAGACAGAGAAUUAGAAGUACCAAGGAGGCAAAAUUGAGGAUCUAAUCAAUUUUGUUUUGCUCAACUCAUCUUCUGCUUCCAGCGACAAAACAACAAGGAAAGAUAUUAUAUGAGACUACAAACAUUCAGGCAUACCUGAUUGAUCCAUCAUUAUCAAGGUCUGCAGCUGCUAAAUCUGAUAAGGUUAUCUUCUUCUGAAGAACCCAUUGUGCCAUCUUACGAUUUCUCUUGUGAAUACUAUAUUCAGUAAGGUAUAUAAAGGCCCUGGCAACUGCCAGUGUGCUUACCAAAAGCCAUAUAAUUGCAAAGCAUCUUCCGGUUACUGUUCUGAGAGAAAAAUCCCCAUAACCAACCGUUGUAACCGAAGUAAUGGAGAGAUAAAUACUGUCAUCCCAAUUCAGGUCCUCAACUAAGUGCACUGUGACUGUUCCUAUAGCAAUGCAGCCAAUCACAACAGCCAAAGCCAGACAAACUUUGGUUCUUAUUCUCAUUCUUCCUUUCUCUUCAUCAACCAUAUAAGUCCUGAGAAUUUUCUUAUAUCUAUUCUCAUCCAUCAUGCUCAACAAGAAUGCCUCUUGUGUAUCACAAAUGUAUGCAACCAAUCCAUUGAGCAGAAAACCAAGAAAUCCAAAACCCACCAAAAUGAAACCACAUGUAAAGAUCUUGGUAAACGUGGAGUCAGGAACAAUAUCUCCAUAUCCAAUAGUGCAGAGAGUUACCAUUGUAAAGUACACAGCAUCUACAGGCCUGAAAGUGGUAGUGCCCCUGAAACUCCCACUAGUCAUGUACACUGUCACCCCAAUUGCCACAUACAAGAAAACACCAAGAAAAGAUAGCCUCACUAUUGAAGUUGAUGACUUGUGUGGUUCAGAUGGUUCUUGAAAAUCUAAUCCCAUGUCAGUGAAUAAUAAAGAUGGUGCAGAGCGAGAGCGAUGGAUAAACUUUCCUUUCUUGAAGGCCAAGUUGGCUAUGAGGUGCAUAGAAGUCUUGGCUUCAUUGGUGACAUGAUGAGAACUAGAUUGGAACAGGGAUGGGGCAAGGGCAAGAGCAAGAUCAUGGAUAGAUAGUUCCCCAGGUGAUGAUCUGUUUGGUGAGUCUGCUUUCCUAGAGCAAGAUCUCAGGAGGGACUCCUGCAUGGUGCAUUCAAAUUGCAGUUGAGGACUGGUGAUUACAAGCUAGUAUCACAGCUUCUUUCAACUACUAGUCAAACCACAGAGAGGAAUGGGGGAUACAUGUAUGUUGUAGCUGAGAGUCAUAACUCAUAUAGCUUCUCUCAACUGAGAGCUCAUGCAUAGGUUUAUUUAAUAAUAUAUGUUUCCUUGCACAAAUUUUAUUCUAAUAAGGAGAGCAAGUGAACAUUUUUAAUUUUAAUUUAAAUUAACGGACUACUAAUAUUGAAGUGUCUUGUUGUAUUAUAUGCCCCAACUAGAACCGAAUCACUAAAUUCCAUAUAGCUGCCAUUAAAUAUUCCAAUUGA